AUGGAACCUGAUUCCGACUUCUUUGCAAACGCGCCGGAAGGUGCGAGGGACUACGUCGUCGGUGCACCUAGGAGUAUUCAGCAAUGGAUUCUGGGAAAGGUCCGCCGCCAGGGAAAGACGAAAGAGAUCGAGCGACUGGAGGCCAAAUACAGAGUGGAAAUUGAGGCGUUAAAAGCCCAGCUCGAGGAAGCCACUUCUAGACAGAGCAAGCGAGGAAAGCCUAUCGAAGUACAGCUGGUGGAGCAGCAGGCCAUGCUCGAAAAGCUCGGGGCCGAAAACGAACGACUUAAACAGAAGCUAUUGCCUGGCAGGUAUAGGCGCGACGAAGACCAAACAAACAUGGAACCUGCUUUAAAGUCUGCCUCAGCACCUGUGCCACAUAUGUCUAGCAACGCGUCGGGGCAUAGUAGCGACACUAAUGGCAGCACUCCUCCCCAGGAUGUGUCCGACCCGGUCGAAGCUGAUAUGCCCGAUGCCGCACUCAGCAGCUCCGAGACCCGGUCUUCCACGAGCACUCCCCUCAGCAGCCCCCCUAAAAGCCCCUGUGAUCCGGCCAGUCAGCCCAGCAACGAUAUUCGGACGCAAGGAACGACCUCUGUGAUUACUGCUGCGGCCAUGCAUCCGGAGUUUCUGGGAAAUCAAGACCAGAAUGAUAAACAGGCCUUUGUCACUGCCGACUUGGGGGAAAAACUUGCUUCCAGCAUAGCUACUAAGCUAGGCUCCAAAUUCUCUGGCGCGGUGCACAUCAAGGACUUCGAACCAAUCGACCCCGAAAACUUGAAAAAAACCAUUAAUUUGCCACAAGAAGACUACGACCUCGUCGGUGUUGAAUAUAAGGACAGUUCCUUAAUUUUAUCUUCCCGCGGAUUUGAGGUUCCGGAUUUCUCCCGUCCGUCAUCAACGGACAUAAAUGCCAAAACUUUCAUCGAAAACCUAAUUGCCAAUCCUCCCAAAGGACACAUUCCAUACUAUGUCGGCCCAUCGCUUGCGUCAUGCCAACAAGCCCGUGAUAACGUACGGAGCUUUGCUGUUGGUGGAUUAGCUCCACAUGAGAAGGUGGCCGCAUAUUACGAACUCGCUAGCCACUUUGACUCCAAGUCAGUUCUGACAGCGCUACUCGCUUGUGUUGCCCGGAUCCAAACCUUCAAAGAGAUGAAUAAAACAAAAGAGGGCAGGAAAAAUCUGCCUCCGGGUACGCUGGAAAAGUUUUACAAACUCUCAAGAACCAAGGUCGAAUUUUCGACUUUUCGUUCCCACAUCUUUAACGCUCGGAAUUUCGAUGAGAUCCUCGGAAGUCUGGUGGUCUUUUUGCCGUUUCAAGGCAAUGAUCGCGCUGUCGCAUGCAGUUCCCGUGUGAUCAAGGACCCGAUUGAUGAUUUGGGCGAGGAGAUGGCUACUGCUACACCAAUUCCGAUUCAUAACGUCAGCCAGGCCGUACUAAAGAAGGUUCUCGAAUGGUGCGAACACCAUCAGAACGACCCUGCGCAAACCAGCGACGACGACAGUAAAAUUUUCGUGAAGACAACCCGUAUGGAUGAGUGGGAUGAGAAGUUCAUGCUGCAGAUCGACCAGGAAAUGCUGUUCGAGAUCAUCUUGGCCAGCAACUACCUCGAGAUCAAGGCACUGCUAGAAGUCGGUUGCAAAACAGUCGCUAAUAUGAUCAAGGGCAAGUCGCCGGGUGAAAUUCGAAAGACGUUCAACAUCACGUAA